GCUGCGGGCCGCUGGUCCAUCCACGCCCUCCUUCAUCCAGGAUGAGGAGGGGAAUAUUAUCGAUAGCCGAGGGGGAGGCAGCGACCCUGUCCAGUUUGUCUUCGAGGACAUCCACUGGACGUCUGAGAUCAGCCGUGAGGAGGCUGCUCGCCGCCUCGAGGUCACCUUCUACCCCUUCAAGAAGGUGUCAUACCUGCCCUUCUCGGAGGCCUUUCAGCGAGCGCAGGAAGAGAGCAAGCUGGUGCACUCCAUCCUCCUCUGGGGGGCACUAGAUGACCAAUCCUGCUGAGGUUCUGGGCGGACUCUCCGGGAGACAGUCCUGGAAAGUUCGCCCGUCCUGGCCCUGCUCAACCAGAGCUUCGUCAGCAGCUGGUCCCUGGUCAAAGAGCUUGAGGACAUGCAGGCUAACGAGCAGAACCCGGUUGAGAGUCAGAGGGCCCGCCUACACCUGGAGAAGUACAACUUUCCAGUAGAAAUGAUGGUGGCGCUGCCCAACGGCACUAUCGUUCACCACAUCAAUGCUAACUACUUCCUGGACCAGACGUCCAUGAAGCCGGAGGAGGAAGCUGCCACAUUUAGCUUCUCUGGGGGGUUCGAGGACCCAUCCACUGCUACGUACAUCAACUUCCUCAAAGAGGGUCUGGAGAAAGCCAAGGAGCACCUGGCACAGUAAAGACGAACGGUGGUCAAAAGUGUGUGUGUGUAAAAACUAGAGUAAUUCCUCUGUGAAGGAUAAUGAUCAAAGAAAAAGUUAACUUGUGUGUAGGGAUCAGAUUCCUACAGUGCUGGCAGCUGUUCAGGUUGUUUUACUAGCAUCCAACAUGAUCAGUAUUACAACAACCUCUUCAAACGACAGUGGCCGCUAUACCAGUUGAGCCCUUCUGAAGACAUAUGCUUUAGGACAACUUUAAAAAUAUAUAUAUAACUAAACUCAAUACUCAAGUUGGUAGAUGUUCUUUCAAGUUAACAUGCUUCUAAUCCCAUUCCAUAUAAUCACUAAUGUUGCUGUUACUUACCAACUAUUUUAAAGUACAAUGUUCAGGGUCGGAACAGUGGCCAGGUUUCGAACAUUGCUUUGGCCUCACCCACUAGUGGCUAAUUAAUUWGACUUAUUUAUGCCUUCUGUUAUCAUGUGAUAACAGUGAGUGAGAUUUGCUUUGCUCAAACUUUUCUUUAUAUCUACAUUUUCAUAUCAAAACAGACUGCACCAUAAUGCAUUAUUCUGUUUUAUUGGUUAUAUCUCGCAAUAUGCAAAGAACCACACGUUUUAUUUCUGUUGGAGGGGCAGGGCAGGUCAAGUCGUUCCCUCUAGAGUUUCAGCAGUUUGUGACGGCCUUGCCUGAAAGUCCAAAGUUGGCUGGGUAGGGCCUGAUGUCAUUGCUAAAGCUUCUGCAGGCAACACCCCUGCUCUGUUCCCCCGAGGUUGCCAACAGCUGUCAUGGAAACCUGGAAACAAAGCUGUAUGGUGGCACAAUGUGUAAUGUAAUACUUUUGUUUUUUUAUAUUUUUUUAAUGAAAGCCAACAGUCUUA